UGGAGACAUGUCUUUCUUUCGUAUCACCGAUGUUUGAAUUUGAAACUCUUGGGCUGCUCUGAGACAUGCCUUGAGUAUUUAUUUAUUUUUUUUUUGCAAUAUAUAUUUUUAAGGAAAUCAACCACGAUUUGCUUCUUCCCAAAAACUCCAGUCAUGUAUCAUGUUGGACAAAGGAUGGAUUUUUGGGCGGCGGUCUUUGUGUUGUUUGCAGCAUGGCCGGCUGCUUUGUCCGUGACACGUUACUCCAUCCCCGAGGAGAUGGAGAGGGGCUCUGUGGUGGCCAACCUUGCUGCUGAUCUAGGACUGGAGCCUGGAGGCUUGGCACAGAGAGAGGUAAAACUUGAUAUUUUUCACAACAAAAAAUAUCUGGAUGUCAAUAAGAAGACGGGGGAACUGCUCAUCGUGGAGACAAUGGACAGAGAAUAUCUUUGCCCCUCCAAACCAGUCUCUUGUCUUCUUAAGCUCGAUGUAAUAAUAGAAAGCCCAUUGCGAAUAUUUAAUAUUGAGCUUGGAAUAACCGAUAUCAAUGACAACGCGCCACAUUUUAGACGAGACAGAGUAGAACUGGAUGUGUCUGAGUCUGCAACACCGGGGGAGAGAUUCUCCCUCCCCAAUGCGGUGGAUCCAGAUGUGGGGAUUAAUACGGUGAAAACAUACAAGCUCAGCACCAGUCAACAUUUUACUAUUGAAAUUCAGACGGGUACUGAUGGAACACAAUAUGUAGAUUUAGUUUUGACCAGAUCUUUGGACCGGGAGGAGAAUGCUGUCCAUAAUUUAAUAUUAACAGCGGUAGACGGUGGUAAUCCAGUGCGCUCCGGCACUGCUAACAUUAUUGUGAAAGUGCAGGAUACCAACGACAACCCACCUCGUUUUGACAAACAGAUUUAUACAGUAAACAUGACAGAGAAUUCCCCAAUCGGAACUACAGUGAUAAAGCUGAACGCUAUUGAUCUCGACGAGGGGCCAAAUUCAGAGCUUGUGUACUCAUUCACACUUUACACAUCAGAGAAAACCCAAGACGUGUUUGCGAUGAACCCCAGUACGGGGGAAAUAACUGUAAAGGGGACCAUUGACUAUGAAGACAUGAAAUUUUAUGAGAUGCACAUUGAGGCGAGGGACAAAGGCACGUACCCACUCCUUGGCCAGUGUAAAGUGGUCGUCCAUGUCACGGAUAUGAAUGACAAUUACCCAGAAAUCACCCUGCAGGCCGUUAAAAACACGGUAAACGAGGACGUGCCUGUUGGAACUGUCAUUGCCCUGGUGGCCAUGAGUGACAGAGACACGGGUGAGAAUGGCAAAGUUAAUUUAUUCAUUAAUGACUCAAUCCCAUUUGUUUUAAACAAGUCAUCAGACAGACCAAUGCAUUACAAACUGCUUGUGUCCAAACCUUUGGAUCGUGAAUCAGUGCCUGAUUAUGAAAUCACACUAAUCGCGAGAGAUUCAGGAAGACCACCAUUAUCUGAUAAUGAAACAAUUACCGUGCAUCUGCUGGAUGUAAAUGAUAAUGCGCCACACUUCCCUCAGUCCUUUUAUACCAUACGUGUGAUGGAGAAUAACGCCCCGGGCGCCUUGCUCAGCUCCCUCAGUGCGUUUGACCCCGACCUCCAUGAGAACCAGUACCUCGUGUACUUCAUCCUGGAGAAGGAGAUAGCCAACACCUCCAUGUCCAUGCUCUUCUCCAUCAAUCCAGAGAACGGCAACCUUUACGCACUCAAGACUUUUGACUAUGAGAUGGAGAAGGACUUCCUCUUCCACAUCGAGGCCAGAGACUCUGGCUCUUCUCCGCUCAGCAGCAACGUGACUGUCCACAUCAUCAUCGUGGAUCAGAAUGACAACGCCCCGGUUAUCGUCUCUCCUUGGCGAGCGCACGGCUCCGUGGUGGAGGAGAAGAUCCCCAGAUCCACAGAUAAAGGCUCCCUGGUGGCCAAAGUGAUAGCCUUGGACGUGGAUUCCGUGCACAACUCUCGCGUCACCUACCAGUUCCUGCAGGUGACCGACGCCUCCUUGUUCAGUCUGGACCAGUACAACGGAGAGAUCCGAACCAUGAGGAUGUUCAGCUUCAAAGAUUCUCGUCACCAGAGACUGAUUGUUGUUGCCAAGGACAACGGGGAUCCCGCUCUCUCCGCUACAGUCACCAUCAAGCUGUCCACGGUGGAAACGUCCGUGAAGGCCUACUCGGACAUGACCGAGGUGCCUCUGGAAUACGACAUCUUCUCGGACCUCAACCUGUAUUUGGUCAUCGGUCUGGGCUCGGUGUCCUUCCUGCUGCUCAUCACCAUCCUGGUCACCAUCGUGCUCAAGUGUCAGAAGGUCAAGCCUAGCAAAGCGGCUCCUCCCUGCAGGAACAGCGUGAUCAGCGAGAGGAACUCCACCAUCGCAGAUUCCACUCUGGUGUCCAACGAUGCCUACUGGUACAGUCUGUUCCUAGCAGAGACCAGGAAAGGAAAGCUGGUGGUUAGGCAGCCCAUGCCGAAGGGCUCCAGAUACAUUGUGUCCAGUAUUCCCAGGAGCACAGGCAUGUCUGAGACCAGCGACUCUGCUCCUUCCACUCUGCAGGUAGGUUAAUUUUCAUCUUCUCAAGUAUUGUUUAAACUUAUCAACAAUCUUAAUGGGUAGACAAACACGUUUUUUUUUCAAUCCAGAAACAGAAUUUCUACUUCAUGCGAAUGAAGAAAUAUGACACAAACACUCAAACCAGCAGCAACAACAACAUUAGUACUCUUUCUAUUCCUUCUUCUACUCCUGGUGGCUAUGACUACGAGUAGUGGUAGAUGCUCAAUGCGUAGCGUAAGUUUUUCCUGACUUCCGUACAGGCACGGGGUCAUUUCUCACUCAGUGAUGGUGUGAAUGUGAGUGCAAAUGGUUGUCUGUCUCGAUAUCCUGUAUGUGGACUGGUCACUAAUCCACAGUGUAAUCUGCCUUUCACCGUAUGUAAUAGGCUCCAGCUCCCCUCUAACCCUGACAAGUGGUACAGAAAAAGAGUGAAUAUUAUUAUUAAUAAUAAUAAUGAUUGCAAUAUAAUACGACUACUACUACUA